AUGUUUGACGUAAAGGCUUGGGCUGAGUAUGUUGUGGAAUGGGCUGCAAAGGAUCCAUAUGGCUUCCUCACAACAGUUAUUUUGGCCCUUACGCCAUUGUUUCUAGCAAGUGCUGUACUGUCCUGGAAACUGGCCAAGAUGAUUGAGGCCAAGGAAAAGGAGCAAAAGAAAAAACAAAAGCGCCAAGAAAACAUUGCAAAAGCUAAACGACUGAAAAAGGAUUGA